GUGUGUGAGUACGAGAGAAGACUGCUGCGCUGGAGACUGCUGCUGAAGAACGAGAGCCCCGCGCGUAUAUACGUGUAUGGCUGUGUAUUUUUUUUUAACUUUUUUGAAAUAAGAAUUCAGCGUCGAGUGCAAGCGGGCUCGCAGUCAAGUUAGGACACAAUGAAUCAACAGGAGGUCAUGUCUAAGGCGGAGGAAGUAGCCGACCAGGUGAUUAGAAAUGGAAAGCAUGUGCUUCCAACGAUGGCUCGACUUUGCCUUAUCGCUACAUUCCUGGAGGAUGGUCUACGUAUGUGGUUCCAGUGGAGUGAGCAGAGGGAAUACAUGGACAUGUCUUGGGGCUGUGGAAAAUUUUUGGCCACAAUGUUUGUUUUGAUAAAUUUAGUAGGACAGCUUGGUGGAUGUGUCAUGGUUCUUGGAAGGAUGAAAGUUACCAUAGCAUGUGGAGUUCUCUUCUUCAUUGUCAUUUUACAGACCUUAGCAUACAGCAUUCUCUGGGAUAUGCAAUUUCUAUUCAGGAACCUGGCUCUUAUUGGGGCCCUGCUACUUGUAUUGGCAGAGUCUAAAGCUGAAGGCAGAUCUUUAUUUGCUGGUGUACCUUCUUUGGGCGAAAAUAAGCCAAAAAAUUUGUUGCAACUAGCAGGGCGAGUGUUGCUGGCAUUCAUGUUUAUCACACUUAUAAGAUUUGAAUGGUCCUUUAUUCAAAUCAUUCAAGAUGUCCUUGGAGGAAUUAUGAUGGUUCUUGUGACUAUUGGAUACAAGACAAAGCUGAGCUCCUUAUUGCUCGUACUUAUACUGACAGCUCUUAACUUUUACCAUAAUGCUUGGUGGGCCGUUCCAGACUACAAACCUCUCAGAGACUUCCUUAAGUAUGAUUUCUUCCAAACUCUUUCUGUGAUUGGAGGCUUAUUGAUGAUUGUAUCAUUGGGGCCUGGUGGUGUUUCCAUGGAUGAGCAUAAAAAAAAGUGGUAGAGGUGUAGAGGAGAUUGAAUUAGAGACCUUCCAUUCCUGUUAUAUAUGAGCUCAACCUGUCAAUCAGAAUGUUUUGAUACACAAGUGAGAAGUUUGAAAAAAGUAUGCAGUGUGCAGAGUGAUUUGUAAUAAGUCUGCUGUAAUGGAGUUUCAGAUUAUUUAUGAAUACUGCUACUCUUAUCUACAAAGAAUCAAGGCACUUGAGAAUAAAAGUUUAAUUAUGCUGAGGAAUGACGAGAUGCCUUAAAUAUUGAGGAAAAAAAAUAACAAUGGACAAAGACUAAUUUAUGAUAUAUAACAAAUAGUAGUUUGUAAAUAAUGAAAGACAUUUGUCAUAAAAAUGAUUUCCUUUGGCACAUUUUAAAACUUUUACUUCUUUUUUUUUAUUGUGGAAAUCUGUUUUUUUUUAAUCAAAUUGAAAUUUUUAAAAUAAUUAAAUUUUUUCAUAUAAUAUUUGCAUAGAUUGUGUUAUUUUUGUUAUGUUUGUUAGUUGUGACCCUGUUGAUAGAAAAUCAAAUUCUGAAUCCUUGUAAAUAAAUUCUCAGUUUCAUUAAUUGGUAAGCUACUUAUCGAAUAGGUGCAGCUGGGUGUAAGGUUCUAUAUGAAGUCUAUAAAUAAUUCUCUAAAAUAAACGUUG